CAAAACUAGAAAAUGGCGCAACUAUCUGCAAUCCACACAAUAGUACUCCUAGGGCUUGUUGUGUUGCCAGAGUUGCUGAGGGCUGUGCCAGUCAAGCAUGAAGCUGAACAAGUUCCUGCAGUGUCUGAGGAUGUGAAGGAGGAGGUGCUGUCUAACCUGAAGAAGCUGGUUCGUGACAGGAGACAUGUCCCGGGCGUGUUCGCUGUGCCUCAGUUCAAACGGCUCCCCGACUUCUGGGGCUGGUAUAAGUACUUCAUGGACACUCACAACCAGGAGGGAGUGGAGGAUUUGGACCGCUUAUACGUGGCCUACCUGCAGAAUAAGCACCGCUCUGAGGAAGGCCCCACCUUUAACCACUACCUGGCCCACUUGAGCGAGAUCUAUAAGAACUGCGCCAACUCCGAUGACCCAGAAUGCAUCGCGGAGUCCACCAGCAAACCCAAGGCUGCUGUGGUCAUGCCCAGCCCAAUCAAAUCCGCUGCCGUCCAUCUCUGCAACCCAUACAUUGACCCUUACUGUCUGUACCCUCUCCUGCCGCACGCUGCUGCGCCUGCUGAACCUGAACCUGAACCUGCCCCCGCACCUGUCAAAGCCCCUGCCCCCAUCCUCACCCCCUUCCUCCCCAUGCCCCUCAGAUCCCACACGGGCUACUACCACUACGCCCCUGUCUUGGAGCCAUUUUUGAACGCAGAGCAACGAGCAGAACUUCUCAGAAUUUGCAAUCCCGAAGAUGUUGAGUGCCUUCAGUAUCACUUAAGAGCUGCAUAUGGAUACCGCCCCGCACCUGGACCAUUCCCAUCCUAUGCCGCCCUCAAAUGCGACCCCAAGGACCCCUACUGCAUGCCCCUUCUGGUCCAGAAAGCUCCCACAGGUUACUACCACCUCAUGUACCCGGGAUGCGACCCAAAUGUUGACCCUCUCUGCGUAGUCAACGUUGCAGCCCCUCUGACCUCCGGCGAAGCACCAAAAGAGCAGCAUUGUAAUCCACUUUUUGAUGCUGGCUGCAAUCCACUCACCGCCACCAAGCUGUCCGGUCUGACCAAGCCCGUCCUAGAGUACCCCAUGAAGGAUGCCCCCGCGGAUCCUGCUCCGGUCGCUGCUGCUGCGUACAAAGGUGCCCCCCUGUCGUGCGACCCUCGCGUGGACCCAUACUGCCUCCUGACCGUGGCCGCCGCCCUGCGCAGACCACCUCCACAGAUCCCCGAGCAUCAGGUCCGCUACCAGCUGGGGGUCCCGGGCAAGACCAAGGAGGGCUACGAUUGCUACGUCCACUACGACAAAGACUGCACCCCCCUGGAUACUGCAACCAAAGGCGAUCUACAGGCCCCUCCCAAACCGUUCUGCCACCCCUUCGACCCAAAUUGUGGUAAGUUUGUAGUCCCACCUGGCACCGCGUCCAAAACUAUCAAAGAUGGUAUUAUUUUCCCUGAUCCACACUGUGAUCCUGAAUACGACUACAACUGCCGUCUGCGGAAGGUUGAGUCCGAACCUCAAGCUGAUAGCCCCGCUCCUGAAGCCGAUAGUCCAGCCCCUGCAGAUGAGCAAGCUGCCCCGUUGGCUGAGGAGAAACAAGCUGUAGCAGAUGACCCCAGCCCAUCGUCAUUUGAUGAGUUUCUGAAAGGUGUGAUAAGCAAAAGCCAAUAG